AUGGCGGAAAGUGUAAAACCACCAAAGUAUUUUGUUACUUCUACGUUGGAAAACAUAGCCGUCAGUUGGAAAUUAUGGCUUCAACAAUUCGACUGGUAUGCCAUCGCCACAGGCCUCGAUAAGAAGAGCCCGGAGGUUCAAGUCGCCAUUUUUAUGAGCUCCAUUGGUCCGGACGCCGCGGUCAUAUAUAAUACAUUUAAAUUAAACGAAACCGAGUCGCAGUCACUAAAAACAAUCAAAACAAAGUUCACGAAUCACUUCAUACCUAAAAUUAACGAAACUUACGAAAGGUACGUGUUCAAUCAGAUUGUUCAAAAUGAUGGUCAGAGCAUCGAUGACUUUUUAACGAACCUGAAAAGCAAGGUCAAGAACUGUGGUUAUGGACAACUAGAGGAUAGUAUAAUCCGUGACAGAGUGGUAAUUGGAGUCCAGUCUGACAUAGCUAGAGAAAAGCUAUUGUCUGAAGAGAACUUAACAUUAGAUAAAACCAUCAAUAUAUGUCAUUCCACAGAGCAAGUACGAAGUCAUCUAGAGUCGAUGAAGAACUCGAACGCCGUUAACGCCAUCACCUGUAAUAAAAAGAAAAAUAUUAAUAAUACAAAAAAAGAAGACGAAGAAUUCCAUUGUAAGAGGUGUGACACGACACAUAGACGCAAAUCAUGUCCAGCCUUUGGUAAAGAAUGUAAGAACUGCAAGAAAAAGAACCACUUCGCAAAAUGCUGCAGGUGUAAGAAAGUGGAGACAGUUACUAAAGAAUGUGAAAAAGAAGAGUCCAGUGAAGAAGAUGUAGAUACACUGAGAGUUUCAACAUGUGAAGCCGACAUAGACACGGAGGACUGGUAUGAAAAAGCUUACCUACAAAAUAAUAUAAUGGUGAAGUUUAAGCUAGACUCUGGCAGCCAGUGUAAUGUCAUCUCAAAAAGGAUUUUAGAAAAAUGCAAGGCAGAAAUAAGACCUACAAUAACGAAGCAUUUAACAUCAUUCUCUGGACACAAGAUGACAGUUCUCGGAGAGGCUAUAAUAAGGACAAAAAUAAAAGAGAUCACUACUGAAGUAAAAUACUUGAUAGUCGAUUGUGAUGUAACACCGAUAUUAGGAAAAGCCACAGGAGUAAAGCUAAAUCUUAUAAAAAGAAUAGAUAUUAUAAAUGUGGAUGAGGACCUGUAUGAUGGUAUAGGCUGCCUAAAACAAUAUGUGUAUGACAUUGACUUAGUAGAUGAUCCGAAGUUACCCAUAUGCCCAGCAAGAAAGGUACCCCACAUACUAAGAAAAGAGGUAAAAGAGGAGCUAGACAACAUGGUAAAGGAAAAAAUAAUAGUACCAGUAACUGAGCCUACUCCCGCAGUAUCACCCAUGGUUGUUGUGAGGAAAAAUAAUAAAAUAAGACUGUGCAUUGACCCAUCAGAAAUAAAUAAGAAUCUGAAAAGAAGACAUUAUCCUCUGAACACUAUUGAAGAAAUUUCUGCCAGACUACAUGACUCAAGUUGGUUCACAUUGCUUGACUGCAAGAAAGGAUUUUGGCAAUUGAAGGUUACACCUCGUACCUCGAAAUACCUUACCUUCAGUACACCAUUCGGUAGAUAUUCUUGCCUUAGAAUGCCAUUUGGUCUCGCGUCAGCGCCAGAAGUGUUCCAGCAAGUAAUGAGCUCACUGUUAGCUGAAAUAGAGAAUGUGGAAGUAUCUAUGGAUGAUAUUCUAAUCCACGCAGCUACAAAGGAAGACCUGGAAAGAAAAACAGAAAAAGUAUUAAAGAAAUUCAAAGAUUCAGGGUUAAAGCUAAAUAAAGAAAAAUGUUUCUACAAUAAACAAGAAAUUAAGUUUUUGGGACACAUACUUACCAAAAAUGGUCUUAUGCCCGAUCCAGAGAAGCUAGAGACCAUAGAUAAAAUAAAAAAGCCAGAAAAUGUGAAGGAACUUCAAAGAUUCCUAGGGCUGAUAACAUAUCUUUCAAAAUUUAUAAAAAAUCUGUCAGACAUAACCGCACCAUUAAGAGUAUUACUGCAAAAAGAUAUAGAAUGGAGUUGGGAAACAGAGCAAGAAGAAGCUUUCCAAGAACUAAAGAAGAGUUUAAAAAGCCCGCCAGUUUUAGGUUAUUAUGAUCCAAAGGCUCCUAUAAUACUGUCAGUAGAUGCCAGCAGUUAUGCAUGUGGAGGAGUGUUGAUACAAAAUGAUAAGCCCAUCGCAUAUUGCGCCAAAUCGUUUACAAAGACUGAGCAAAAUUAUAGCCAGUUAGAAAAAGAAACAAACGCUAUUUUAGUUGCUUGUAAAAAAUUCCACAAUUAUAUUUGGGGAUGCAAAGAUAUUACCAUUGAAAGUGACCACAAACCACUGCAAACAAUCUUCAAGAAACCAUUACCUGAUGCACCGCCCAGAUUACAGAGAAUGUUCUUACAAAUUUUGCCUUAUAAUGCUAAAAUAGUCUACAAAAAAGGGACAGAAAUGUAUGUUGCAGAUACUCUAAGUCGAGACUGUGUAAAUAUCAGCCAAGAAGAAAUGGAUGACAAAACCAUAACAAUAUGUGCACUGUUGCCCUUUUCAAAAGAAAGAAAAAUAGAGUUGAGACAAGAAUUAGAAAAUGACGAAGAAAUGAUAGAAUUAAAGAAGACUAUACUGGACGAUAGUCCGGCAUUAAAGCCAACAGUGGAGCCUGCUCCCGGACUGCAUACAAGCGAGCCCGGUAAUCAGUGCCCCGUUGUGCAACCUACUGCCAGUCAAGUGGUUGAGCAUCCGUCGACUCAGGCGCCACCAACAAACAUCGCGCCUGACCAACCGGCCAUCCAGCGCUACGCCGUAGAUACCACCCCAGCACCAUGCACGACAAGGAGUGGUCGCGUCGUAGUUCAACCUGCGAGAUAUCGCUAA